CAUAAAACACAAAGCUAGCGCUCAGAUGUCUCUUUGGCGGCAAUCCUGAAAGCGAUAAUUGGGCUUUCUCUGUUUUCCCUCCUCAUUCAAAGCCCCUAAACACCCUCGCCAAUCCAUCCCGAUAAUGCGAGUUUCUCAGACUAGGGUUUCCAAUUUCAAUGGAAGCAAAAAUCCCCUCUGAUUCCCCAAUCAUACGACCCAUAAACAAGGGUUCCGUCCACAGAAUCUGCGCUGGCCAAGUGAUCCUCGAUCUCCCGUCAGCCGUCAAGGAGCUGGUCGAGAACAGCCUCGACGCCGGCGCCACCAGCAUCGAGAUCGCCCUCAGGGACUACGGCAAGGAGAGCUUCCAAGUCAUCGACAAUGGCUGCGGCAUCUCGCCCAGCAACUUCAAGGUCCUCACGCUCAAGCACCACACCUCCAAGCUGGCUGAUUUCCCCGACCUCCAGUCGCUGACGACGUUCGGGUUCCGAGGGGAGGCGCUGAGCUCGCUCGCCGCUCUCGGGAGUCUGACCGUCGAGACCAGGACCAAGAACGAGCCCGUCGCCACGCACCUCAGCUACGAUCAGUCGGGGUUGCUGGUGGCUGAGAAGAAGACGGCGCGGCAGAUUGGGACCACCGUUACGGUCAAGAAUUUGUUCUCGAAUUUACCCGUGCGAAGCAAGGAAUUCAGUCGAAACACAAGGAAGGAGUAUGGAAAGCUUAUUUCUUUACUGAAUGCCUAUGCUUUAGUUUCAAAAGGAGUUCGCUUAGUAUGUACCAACACAACUGGUAAAAAUGUGAAGUCUGUGGUGCUUAAAACACAAGGAAGUGGUUCUCUUAAAGAUAACAUUAUUACACUUUUUGGCAUAAGCACCUUCAACUGCCUAGAACCACUGAGUUUAUGUAUAUCAGAUGGUUGCAAGGUUGAGGGGUUCCUGUCUAAGCCUGGACAAGGUAGUGGACGCAACUUGGGUGAUAGACAAUUCUUCUUUGUAAACGGUCGACCCGUUGAUAUGCCGAAAGUCACAAAGCUUGUGAAUGAAUUAUACAGAGGUUCAAACUCCCAACAACAUCCCAUUGCAAUAAUGAAUGUUACAGUUCCGACCGGAGCAUGUGACGUCAAUGUAACACCUGAUAAAAGGAAAGUGUUCUUCUCGGAUGAGAAUUCCAUAUUGCACGUCCUAAGGGAGGGUUUACAGCAGAUUUAUUCCUCUAGUAAUGCUCGUUUCUCUGUCAAUGAAGUUGAGGAACCUACUGAGCCAGAUACGUCUGAGUUGUGUUCUCCUCGGCAGAAAUCCUAUACAGCGUUGAAACCAUUGUCCAAGAAUGAGACCGUUCGUGAAGAAGGAAGCAAUGACGAAAGCAAUAUAGUGGGUGAUAUUAGUGUCAAAACUGCUGGAGAUGGAGCUGAGGACAUUCAUGAUGUAGAAGGAUUUACCUGUAGUAAUAAAAUAAGAGACUUCGCUCUAAGAGUACACAAAAUAAAGAAGGCUGGUGAUUGUAGGCAAUUGAGAACUAAUAUUGAUAGUAUCACAGCUGGUCAAAAAGCUCUUCCUCUUUCAAAAAUGGUUGAGAAUGGAACUCCUGCAAAUAAGGAUUCAUAUGGUUGUUCAAGCUCUAUUCAAACAUUGCUUAAUAGAUAUAUUACUGUAAGUAAAAGGAAGCAUGAAAAUAUUAGUGCGCCACUAUCAGAAAUGCCUGUCCUUAGAAACCAGACUCAUCAUUCUCAGUCAAAAAACAGUAACUCAGACGUGGAUGCAGCAGUUUCCAGAUCCCCAGUUGACUUUCACCAGGUUGACAAUUCUCCUAAAGCAGAUGACAGAGAGGCUUCCAAGUAUUUUAAAACAGACAUUACCUUCAGCAGAAUUGCAAACCCACUUUCUUCUGGAGGUAGUACUAACGGCGGAGAAUCAAAAGAGGAUAUUAACGCUGAAGAGGAAGGACUUCCCCUUGCUAAUGUCACAACAAUAGCUUCAUCUGGUGGGGAUCUCGGAAGUGUAUCUGAAGACAUUUCAGUUGAAGCUCCUUUACAUUCUUCUGGUCAACAGCUAGAUGUGUCUGAAGGGGUUUCAGUUCAAGAUCCUUUACAUUCUCCUGUUGAACUGCUGGAUACUCCAAAGCGUUCUUCUGCUCUUGAGAUAUGUUCCACCUUGCAAUUUAGUUUUCCAGACCUAAAGAAAAGGAGGCAGCAGAGGUUGGCUCAACUGCAUUCCCGCAACGGAAUAUGUCAAAGGACCAAUGCAAAAAGAUUCUAUGCUGCUACUACACUAGAGCUUUCUCAGCCGGAAAAUGAAGAUCGGAAAGCUAGGGCUUUAGCUGCAGCUACUACAGAGUUGGAAAGACUUUUUAGAAAGGAAGAUUUUGGUAGGAUGAAGGUAAUUGGGCAAUUCAACCUUGGAUUCAUCAUUGGGAAGCUAGACCAAGAUCUAUUUAUUGUGGAUCAGCAUGCUGCCGAUGAAAAGUUCAAUUUUGAGCGUUUGUCACAAUCAACCAUCUUAAACCUGCAGCCUUUGCUCCGGCCAUUAAGGUUGGAGUUAUCUCCUGAAGAAGAAGUAGUAGCCUCCAUGCACAUGGAUAUAAUCAGGAAAAAUGGAUUUGCUUUGGAAGAAGAUCCGAACGCACCACCAGGGCACCAUUUUAAACUAAAAGCUGUACCCUUCAGUAAAAACAUAACUUUUGGAGUUGAAGAUGUCAAGGACUUGAUUUCUACUCUAGCUGAUGAUCACGGGGAAUGCUCAAUAAUCGGUAGUUAUAGAAUGGACACUGCCGAUUCCAUUUGCCCGCCAAGAGUUCGUGCUAUGCUGGCGUCACGCGCGUGCAGAUCGUCCGUCAUGAUUGGGGAUGCUCUCGGAAGAAAUGAGAUGCAGAAGAUACUUGAGCAUUUGGCACGGCUGAAAUCUCCUUGGAAUUGUCCACAUGGAAGGCCAACAAUGCGCCAUUUGGUAGAUUUGACGACCAUAUAUAAGAGGUCAGAAGAGAAUGAUGCUGAUUCUUGAUUGGAUCUUUUCAUGAACUUAUUUAUCUGGGUUUGGCUUAUUUCCAUCAAGUAACCUUGUACAUUUUUUUCCCAAAAAACAAAAAACAAAAAAGAUAACCUUGUAUAUAUAAUUGCGUUACCUCAAUCUCAACUACUGGCUCUCUUGAUUAUAUGUAAUUCCGCGGGGCCUGGGAGUUUGGAACCAUUAAUACUUUGAAGAUUUCAUUUCCCGUGAUUUUUUUUUUUUUUUUAAGAAUUCAA